GUUCAGGGGGCGGCUGGACGCCCCCGGUUAGAUCCCUCCGCAUCAUGCUGGUGAUACUGGGACUGGCCCUGGGCGUCCAGGGGGCAGGAGCCUUCGUGCUGCAGCUGUCCAGCUCCUGCCCGCUGGCCUCCAACGGCUCCGCGCUGGCCUUCGGCCUCAGCCUCCUCUUCAACAGGGGUCCCCUGGUCUGCUACGCCCCUGCCGCUCGCAGCUUCGAGCCCUGCGCCCCGGGACCGCUGCAGGAGCUGGCGGCGCAGGUGGCCUCGGUGCUGAACGGCGACGCCGCCUGUAGACAGCGAGCCGAGAGCCGGCACCGGGCGUGCGGGCAGCUGGGGGCUCGGUUCUGGGGGUCCACGGCCCUGCGCAGGGUCCCUGCUGUCCCCUCCUUGUCACCAGUGCCACCCCAUGCCAGGGUCGUCCCCUUGACGCCCGCCAGGGCAGGGGGCCCUGUCCUGCUCCGCUGCCACGUGUGGGGCUUCUACCCCCCCGAGGUGACCAUCGCCUGGCUGCGCAACGGGGACCUGGUGGCACCCGGGGGCAGCGACCCCCUGCCCCCCGCCACCCCCAACGGGGACUGGACCUACCAGACCCAGGCGAUCCUGGAGGUGAUCCCGGAGCCUGGGGACACCUUCACCUGCGCCGUCCAGCACUCCAGCCUGGACCGGCCCCUCCUGCAGGACUGGGGGCUUGGCUUGUCCUCAGGGCUGAAGCUGAAGGUGGUGGCAGCCACCCUGCUGAUGGCGCUGGGGCUGAGCUGCUUCGUGGCUGGGGCCGUGCGGUACUGCGCAAGGCCAGCGGCACCUGGUUACACUCCGCUCCCUGGUGACACCUACCCUGCAGGUAACCUCCUGUCCCUUGUCUCCUGUCCCCAUGUCCCCAAGGGACAUCUCACCCCUUAUGCCACCCACUGUCUCCCCGCUCCAGGCAGCAUCUGA